AUGAGGCUGGGAUACGAUCGAGACGUUGCUGAUGGAGAGGCCCGACUUCCACUCGUGCGUCGCAGGCCCCUCCGCCCUGAGUCUCACGAUUGGUAUGGCCCCAGUGACGUCGACGUCGACGCCGUGCCCUACUACCCAAUGCCCCAUCGGACACGAGUCGACGAACUACAAAGGCCCAACGGACGGACACCCAGAGGAUAUUCAAGGAGCAUGAGCCUCGAUGCAUACCCGCCUACCAUGACCAUGCCUAUGCCGCCAGCACACCUUAUGCGAGCUUCCACAGAUGUUUAUAAGAAACGCCCGCAGUUCUCCGUGUACGAAGCAGACGAAGAUGAGGAUAAUGAUCGUUGGGCGCCCAUGAAGCCACGGGGUAGACUUCCGGAGCCAGCCCGGCCCCGUCAGCGGGUGCGGAAGCCGAGAGAUCCCACACCAGAAUCAACACCGUCGACAGAGAGUGAGGAGGAAAGCGACAGCGACAGUGACAGCGAUGAGGAUAGCGACGACAAUAACCAUAUAGAGGUUGUGGUGGAAGAACCGGAAGAGGACAAUCAUAAACGACAUCAUCGUCGACACCACCGACGACCCAGCCCGGACGAUUAUCUCAGUUCACCAGAUGAGAAAAGGACCCCACGGAGACGAAACAGAAUGCCAUCGCCAUCCACCUCUGACGAGAGAGAAAUAAGAUAUCGCCAAGCCUCUUCUGAGAGAGGCUCGCCAGACCGUAGACCUUCUCUGAGAAGAGAGAUCACCGACACACCUAGAUACAGCCUACCAACACGAUUUAACAGUGUGCUUGGUGCUUCCCGGCCACCAGUAGCUUCCAGAAGUCGUGAUUGUAAAGGCUGUCUAGACGAGGUUCCUGCGUCAAAAUGCCCCAAGCUUGAGUGUGGACAUCGCAUGUGCCAUAGCUGUCUGAAGAAGCGGUUUAAGCAAUCAGUGACAGACCCCGAGCAUAUGCCUCCAACUUGCUGCAGCGACGAUCACAUUGAGCUCGAUCACGUUGAGAAGCUUCUUGAUCCUACUUUCAAGAAGAUAUGGAACAAGAAGUUUGUAGAGCACUCGCUGAGAAGCCGAUUGUAUUGUCCAUCGCGACGAUGCGGGGAAUGGAUUCGGCCCGCCGAUAUCUAUGUUGACCGCGAGACGGGACGAAAGGCCGCUCGUUGCGACCGGUGCAACACCAAAGUUUGUGUGACUUGCAACGGUCGGUGGCACUUUGCGAGCAAAUGUCCCAGGGAUGAAGAGACGGCGAUCUUUCUUGAAUACGCCAGACGUGAAGGGCAGAAGAGAUGCUAUAGAUGCGGUGCUUCAGCCCAGCUCAGAGAAGGCGAUAAUCAUGCUUUGUGUCGAUGUGGUGCCGAAUUUUGCGUUGCGUGCGGUGAAAAGCCCAAGAAAUGCGAAUGCCCAUGGUUCGAUAUUGAUGCUUCGGAAUCCGACCAUCAUGGGCAAACGGUUACACACCGAGGAGAGAUUACAGUCUUCCGUGAAGAUAGUACGGAGGGGGAGUCUCGAGUUGCUCGAAAGCGCCGAGGAUCAAAGCAGUCACGGCAGCAUGUUUACGAUGAGGAAGCUAUUAUACGCCAACAAGACGAUCGCGACGACGAACUGGUUCGCAGGCCGCGCUAUUAUGGCAAGGACAACGAAUACGAUGUUGUUGGAGGAGCUCCGGAAGUACCAAGGUCUGGUGAUCCUUCUGGACACUACGCGGGCGACAGCCCUCGGCGUCUAGGCCGCAGAGUAGUUGGUGGUACUCCUCCUUCUCCAAGCCGCGCAGAAUUCGAGAGAGGUCCUCCUGGAGGUAGAGGAGGCUACUACGGAGGACGCAUGGACAGACGAGUCCUUGAACCACAUGCCGAAGACCCUUAUGCUGAGAUGGAACCUCCUGGCAUGAGACCACCGCCCAUGGGCAUGCCACCUCCAGUUCUGGAGGAGGGUUACCGUGGCGGGUUAGGACCUCUCAUCGUUGAGCGGGAUCCAAACAGCUACGACGAAGACGACUCUUACUACAGUCACAGCUCGCGCAGCCGAAAGGGUACGCGACGCAGCGACACGCUAAGUUCAUCCGAGCUGGCCGGGCUUGGUGUACACAGUUCAGGCAUGGGACGAGUCGAGAGCUGGCGAAGGUUCAUCGAGCCCGGUGAUCCCGAGGGAGAACUAGCUGCAGCUGUAUCGUCUGCUUGA